AUGAAAACGAUGGAAGAACACUUCCAGCCCAACAUGAAAGCUGUGGAACACAAACACAACGUCGAAUUUCAGAAAGUUAAAGAAAUGGCAGCUGCUGGUGAAAAACUGAGACGAGAGCGUUGGAUCGACACCAAGACACAAAAAAUCAAAGAACUGACCGUUAAAAGCAUCGAACCCGAAUUACAAAAUAUGGAAAAACGCCAACAACAAGAACUUGCUGAUUUGCGCUCGUUACACAAGCGGGAAAUUGAAGAUUUGGAGCUUAAAGCAGCUCGAAAAAUGCAAGAACAGUGCGAAGCGCUGCGACUCCAACUUGUAGAAGAACGUGAAAAGGCUUUGGCCCACGAACGCGAAAUUAUGAGGCAAAGGUACGAGAAACUUGUCGAAUCGGAAGAAAAAGGGUUUCAAGAACAAAGAAGAAGACUACUUGCUGAUCACCAAGCAAGAGUUGCUGAAUGCGAGCAAAGGGAAGCUUUAGCUUUGAGCGAGAAGGAUAAAGCGAUAAAGCAAGCUCAAGAUGAUUUUGAAGAAAGGUUGCAAAUUGUGAUCAGGAGACACGCUAAUGAGAUAAAGUUGAUCAAAGAAACGGCCAGUUUAGAGAUGGAGACGUGGCAAAAUAAUUACAAGAAGCAACAAACAGCUCAGUUGGUUGAGAAAGAAAGCAUCAUACGAGAACAAUGUCGCAAGGAACGAGACAGAGAGAUUGAGGCGGUGAUUGAACGACUGGAAAAAGAAGCAAGUGAUAAUAAGUUACAGAUUGAGCAGUCAAGUGAAAAUCGGAUCAGGCGGCUUAAGGAAAAAUACGAGAAAGAAAUACUCGAUUUGGAAGAAAGUGAACGCGAGUCUAAAGAAAAGUAUCACACGAUGAAGAAAAAACUGGUUGAAAGUGAAGACGUGAUAAUCAAUUUGAAAGCAACAAUCGAUCAUUUGCAAAGCCAAGUUGACUCGUCCAAAGCCAUAGCACUGAAACUGCAACAAGAAAGAGAGGAAGUGAAGGAAAUGAUGAGAAAUGAGGUUCGGCAGGAAAUGGAGAGUCUGGAGAAAGAGUUGAUAAAAGUGAAAGAUUCGAGAGAUAAUGAGAUCCAACAGCUUUAUUCAAGAGUCAAAGUUUCAAUAGCACGAAAAGACGAAAUUUUGGAGGAGUUAACAAGAGAUCACAAAGCCUUACAAGAGAAGUGCGCUUAUUUGGAGAACAUGUUGGAACAACAGCGAAAGGAGUAUUUGAUAAAAUAA